AGUUUAAAACUAGACAACCAAUCAAUCGGGAUAAAGAAGGGCCUUGUGUUCGUAGUUAAUAUUCACCCAAACUCAAAGUUGUUUAAAUUCCUCUGUACAGGUAAAUAUUUUAAUUAGUUCGUUUCGAGGGCAGCGUUUCAGCUGUUUCGAGAAAUGGGUCGAAGCAGGAGUCGAUCACCUCCGAGACGAGAGAGAAGACGAUCUCGCUCUACUUCUCGGGAGCACGAGCGAAGGCGAAGGGAGAGGGACCGCUCUCGUUCUAGAGAUCGGGAGCGAGAGCGCCGCAGAACUCGCUCACGGUCUCCACAUAGGAGGCGCUCAAGGUCUCCCCCCAGGCGUCAUCGCUCCUCCUCAUCCUCUCCUGUGAGACAGAAGGAUAGACGCGACGAUGAACGCAAAGAUGGGAAAGAAAAGUCGGCAAAGCCUGUCCAGAUCUCAGCGGAGGACAUGGAAGGCAAAACAGAAGAGGAGAUUGAGAUGAUGAAGCUGAUGGGAUUUUCUUCAUUUAAUUCCAGCAAAGGGAGGAAAACGGACGGAUCAGUUAAUGCAUCUGCAGUCAACGUUACAAUGAAGAGGAAAUACAGGCAGUACAUGAACAGAAAGGGAGGAUUCAACAGACCACUGGACUUCAUCGCUUGAACAUAUCAAUCGCUUUUAAAAGAUCCCCCAACAUUUGAUUUUUGCUGGUUCUUUCCCUCGUAUUCAGACUUUAGCGAUGACUGACUACAUGUGACUUCUGACACAAAUGUUAGCUGUAUUGAUUGUUGUUGGGUCUUGUGCUGUUUGAUUGCUACCUUCUUCUAUUUUUAAAGCUUUUAUUUUCUCAAGCAAAGUUUCUCAUUCAAAGUGUUUGAAAGGAGGGUUUUUUCUUCAGAUCUUAAAUUGGCAUCAGAACAACAAAUUUUUGUCUGAAACUCUAGAAACGGUUUUCAGCGUUGCAGCCUCUGUCUACAUUUUCCAAAGCUCAAGUUUUGUUAAUAAAAAGGCGAUGUUCCAGUUUGGUGCUUGAGUUUGUUGUGAGCACGUGUAGUGGUGAUUGGAAGAGUUCAAAUAUUAAAUGUGUUUCUGUUUAUUUAUACGUCCCGUGUCAACACUCGCCUAGUAAUUAAUAAAACAUUUUGAACCAUU